ACGGUAAAUCCGUAUAGAUGGUAGGGGGAACCUUUUUUCCAAUCCCAUGAAUAUUAACUUUGUAAACAAACCGCGUCCCGGACUAGACUGACUAGAGUGCAGAGCAUAGUGCAUAGUGUCUGUGUCUGUGUCUGCCAGCUUGGACUUUGGAAAAGAUACGCUGGACUGCCUGGACUGGAGUUCCGACUUCCGAGCGGUGAAGAGGGUGAAUUGAGCUACGGACGGGAAUUCUCACAGUCGACUGCGACGAAGGAGGCACUCGCACAUGAACCACGCAAUCGACGAUGCGAAACCGCCGUGUCUUAUUCUGUUGAUUCUUGUAAACUUACCACUAUUAGCGUGUUGAUUUUCGGCCAGUUAAUUAAUAAUGGACAUACCUCAACCUCCGGAAGACCACGAAUUGCGCACGAUCAUCGACAAGUUGGCCGUAUUUGUCGCACGCAAUGGCCCUGACUUCGAACAGAUGACCAAGACCAAACAGAAAGACAACCCAAAAUUUGAAUUUCUGUUUGGUGGCCGUUACUUUGAUUACUAUCUGCGUAAAGUCUCCACAGAACAAUCGAUAUUAAAUCAAAACAGUGUAAGAGAAAUAGCCCAAGCUGCAGUUGCAAAUAAUUCUGUGAGUACACAGCAAUUAAACAUGGCAGCAGCAGCAGCGCAAUGGUUAAAUUUAAACCAAUCAAAUGAUUGUCAGCCGUCAAUAGUUACCAUGGAAUCCUUGAAUGCCCAACAAGCAAAUCUACAGCAACAAAUUGCCCAGGCAGAGAAAAAUUUUAACUCUCAAUUAAUGAUAUUGGCCCAGCAGCAACAAGUGGCUACUGAAGAUAAAAUACUAUCCGAACAGCGAGAAUAUAUUAAUUCUGAAGCCGCAGCUAAUGAUUUAUCACUUGUUGAGUUGUCAACUGUGCUUGARCCAAUUAUUAAAGGAUGUACUAAAGAUGCAAUAGCUAAUGGUAAAUCAUGGAUUAUGAAACAAACAGCCAGUGAACGAAAAGUUGAUGUGAUCACCCAAUAUUUACUUAUGGAAGUAAUGGAUCCAAAUGCAGAAUUUUCAAAACAGUUGCAUUUAAUAUAUUUAGUUAACGACGCAGUUCAUCAUUGUAUUCGUAAGUCAGAAAAGAUAUUGAAAACAUCACUUGAAUUGAUUAUUGUACCAAUGUUUUGCUCAGCAAUGAUGAGGGCUAAUGAAGACCAAAAAUCUAAACUGAGAAAGCUACUAUCUUUGUGGGAAACAAAAAAUCAUUAUUUUCCUGAAACUAUAAUGGAGCGAUUGAAAAAUCCUGAUAGAUCAAUGGCAGAAUAUAAGAGCGACCUAUUAGAAAAGUAUAGAGAUGCUGUUAAUCAACUCAACAUGAUCAUGAACAGCACAUUACAAAAUUACCGUAGCCAACAUCAAUCAUUUCUAGCACAUUGCAACAAUCAAAUUCAGAGUAUAGAAAACCAAAAACGUUCGCUAGAACAACAAAAACAAAGGGUAACUCCUCUUUCAAUUCCUCCAGCUCAAGACGACACAAAUCGACAGCAUUUUAAUGAAGGUCGUUUGCCAUCUCCUCCUUCAUACCAGAAUAAUAUGUCUGGGUAUAUGCAAGCUGAUCAACAAAAUUAUCCACACCAAACAGAUAACGGAUAUCAACAAGAGGAUCACUAUGGACAGCCAAUGCAAAAUUGUUUGCAACAACCUCCCUCUUUAUAUAACAGACCUCCACCACCAUUCAACCAACCUCCACCCAAUAUACACUUACAACCUCCACCUUCUAUGGAAUUACCUGAUCUGAGCCGGCCACCUCCAAAUUUUAUUCAAAACAACUUCUCUUUACCACCACUUCAGCCAGAUGUUACACCGGAUGAUUUGCUUCCUUCACUGCCAUACUAUGAGCUUCCAGCUGGCCUUAUGGUGCCAUUAGUUAAAUUGGAAGAUAGCAAUUAUAAACCUUUAGAUCCAGAUACAAUUAGAUUACCACCACCUGCUCCUCCAACAGAUCGUCUGUUAGAUGCAGUCAAAGCCUUUUACAUGCCUCCUGGGCAUUUUGCUCCACGUGAUAGUGAUGGUUGGGAAAAACUUGGUUUGUAUGAAUACUACAAAGCUAAACAUUCUGCUAAAAAACAAAAAGAAGAUGAUAUUGCUGCUAAUAUCAGAGAAAAAUCAAAGUCGCCAUCUCCAAUUAUUAUGCCUUCACUGAAAGAUAAAUCACCAGUUCGUAAAAAGCGUUACAGGAGUCGUAGUCGAAGCCCAAAACCACGUAGUCCGACCCGAAGAAUUAUAAACAAAAAAAACAGUCCACCACCAACACCUAACCGCAGUCGUCGAAGACGUUCUCCGUCUAGAUCUCCAUCCCCUUCUCCACCAUCUUCUCAACGUAGUCCUACACCACCUUCAUUUGGAGGAGCUAGUUUUGGUAAAACUGCACAAGAACGCUUGGAUGAGUCAAAUAAAGGUCAUCAGCUUCUGAAAAAAAUGGGUUGGGGUGGUGCUGGAUUGGGUUCAAAGGAGCAAGGUAUUGACACACCAAUUAGCAGUGGUGACGUACGAGAUAGGACUGAUCAAUAUAAGGGUGUGGGAAUCAGUUUGAAUGAUCCAUACGAGAACUUCAGAAAGAACAAAGGCAAGGCGUUCAUACAUAGGAUGCGUACAAGGGCAGAAGAACGAAUGGAAGGCAAUGCGUAGGUGAACAAUGUCCAGUUUAUAUUAUUUGUUAUAUGGUAAAUGUUAUUUGGUAGAACGCCUCUAUGUCUGUAGAGGUGUGGCUAAAAUUCACUAUAUUGUGAAUACAUAUAUAUUUUUUAGUAAUAACAUUUUAGCAUACGGAUGGAAAAACACCGUAAAGAACAACAUUCAGAAAUUAUCUACUACUUUGUGAAUAUUUUUAUGUAUUAUGUCUUAUUUUAUUUAUAACAAAAUCAAUAAAUAUAUAUAUAAAAAAAAAUGA